GCGUGGCCUGACGCGCGGAGCCCGCGGGCGCCCAUGGCGGAGCGGCGCGCCGAGGGGCCGGAGGAGCGGCUGCUGGUCGCCGUCGCGGAGCCGCGCUGGGGGCCGCGGCCGGCCCGAGCCUCCCCCGGUGCGGCCGUGCGGCUCGAGGAGUGCGACUCGGACUCGGCGCCCGAGGGCGAUGGGGAGGACGAGCCGCUGCUGCGGGCGCCGGGCCGCGGGCGCCGGGCGGGAGCCGCAGGGCAUACAGGACACACUGCUGAUAUGAAUAUAUUUUUAGAUGAUCCAGAAUUUGCCGAAAUUAUUUUGAGAGCAGAACAUGCCAUAGAGUGUGGAGUUUUUCCAGAAAGAAUCUCUCAAGGAUCCAGUGGGAGUUACUUUGCCAAGGAUCCAAAAGGGAAAAUUAUUGGAGUGUUCAAACCAAAAUCUGAAGAGCCUUACGGACAUCUAAAUCCCAAAUGGACCAAAUAUUUUCACAAAGUUUGUUGUCCUUGCUGCUUUGGCAGAGGCUGCCUUGUUCCAAAUCAGGGAUACCUGUCUGAAGCUGGUGCCUAUCUUGUGGACGACAAGCUGGGGCUAGGAGUUGUACCUAAAACUAAGGUUGUCUGGCUUGUCAGCGAGACCUUUAAUUACAGUGCAAUAGAUCGUGCAAAGUCAAGAGGAAAAAAAUAUGCUUUAGAGAAAGUGCCAAACGUUGCUAAAAAAUUUAAUCGAAUUGGACUACCUCCUAAGGUUGGCUCCUUCCAGCUGUUUGUUGAAGGUUAUAAAGAAGCUGAUUACUGGCUCAGGAAGUUUGAAACUGAUCCUUUACCCGAGAACACAAGGAAAGAAUUCCAGGCACAGUUUGAAAGAUUGGUUAUCUUGGAUUAUGUCAUCAGAAAUACAGACAGAGGAAAUGAUAACUGGUUAGUCAGGUAUGAAAAGCAAGACGGUGGACUUGAUUUAUCAGAUAAGGAUAAGCAUUGGACUACACCUAAAGAGCCUGCUAUUAAAAUUGCUGCAAUUGACAAUGGUUUAGCAUUUCCCUUUAAGCAUCCUGAUGAGUGGAGGGCAUAUCCCUUUCAUUGGGCUUGGCUGUCUCAAGCAAAAGUUCCUUUCUCUCAGGAGACCAGAGACUUAGUACUUCCUCGCAUUUCUGAUAUGAACUUUGUACAGGAUCUUUGUGAAGAUCUUUAUGAACUAUUUAAGACUGAUAAAGGAUUUGACAAGGCUACAUUUGAAAACCAAAUGUCUGUUAUGAGGGGGCAGAUACUAAAUCUUACUCAGGCAUUAAAGGAUGAGAAGAGUCCCAUUCAGCUUGUUCAGAUGCCACGUGUGAUUGUGGAACGAAGUAGCACUGGAAGUCAGGGCCGAAUUGUUCAUCUGAGUAAUGCAUUCACACAGACCUUUCAUAGCAGGAAGCCUUUCUUUUCUUCCUGGUAGCAACAAAAAUAUGUGGGAAGAGUAAGUUUCUCUUAACUUCAGAAGGCUACUUCUGUGCAGAGGCUCUUCAUAUUCCUGCUGUGUUCCAAGACCUCUGACUGCUGACACCUCAGAACUUAAAUUCUAAAGACUUAAAUGUAUUUUGAAUGUAAUAAAAGUUUACAAUUUUUAUCUCAGUUGUGAAUUCCUAUGUCAGGGAAUAAUUAGAACUUGUCCAUAUUGUAUUUUUAUAGGCUAAAUUCACAUCUUCUGAAUAAGUGAAGAUACGCAGUUUGCAUAUGCUGAGAAAAUACUUUUGAAUAGAACAGGAAUUCUUUUUGUUUAAUAUAAAUGUGAACCUAUACGCUACCAAUUUCUUUUUAUAUGAUCUUUAAAAACCAAAAGUCCAGAAUGUUAUAUUUGAUUGUGAAAAUGCUCCUUUGAAUUUCUUCCUGAUAUUUUAAGCUGCUUAUAGGUUUUCAUAGGCUUGUUACUUGAAAAGUCAUGCACUAAGAAAGAAAGCUAAAAAGUAAAAUCAAUCUGUCUUGGACAAACAAGUGAAAGAAAGGGAGAAGGGAUAUGUACUCCUGGUAGGUUUUUUUGCACAUGGGGACCAAAAAAUAGUUAAAUAGUUGUAUUACAGAGGAAUUCAACAGAAGGAAGUUCACACAGUUCCUACUGUGACAGUACAGGCUGCGGGUACGUUUUGGAGGUUAAAAUUUCACCUGUAGCUUUUAGAAUUCGUGUGUUUAAGCAUGUGUAUGAAAAACCGUGGUAUUUGUUUAUAGAUCCAUCACAAUGGGAAGAUUUGCACCAUGUUGUUACAGGUUUGUUUUGCCAUACUCUUAUAAAUGUGUUCAUCAGUCACCAAAGUGGUUCUGCACUGUUAAUGACAGAAGCGGUGUUGUACCCAUUAUGAAGCCAGUCUGCCUUCUAGAUUUCAUCUAAACACACGGUUAUGUUUUGAUUGCAGGGAAAAAUACUGUAACACAUAGAGCACAGAGAUUUAUGGUUGUGCCCUUAACAAUGUCAUACUCAUAAUUUGCCAUUUGCAUUUAUGUUGGAGUUACGUGGAUUAAGACUUGACAGUCGCAUUCCUAGGUCUGUCUUAUGUAAUAUUUUUUUAGUGAUUUUCUGGACAGUUUAGGGAUCGGCUAAAAAUUGCUGCUUCUGUGAAAACUCCAGUGUUUCCAACAUUGCUGUAUUCUGUAAUUCUAAGCAAUACUGUUGAGCUCAAAAAAAAAAAAAAUAAAAUGCCUGUAUUUUAUAUAA